GUGCGCGUGGGGCAGCUGUGUGCACGGAACACGAGCGCAGACAUGGACGAGCAGUGACCGUCUUUAAUAAAACACCAUUUGGGUUACUGUUUUUACGCGUAAGUUCGGUCUUUUACGCACGGGUCUGUCCUUGGAGCGCUUGUAGAGACGCGCGGCGGGCACAGCGGGUUUUUUUGCAGGACAUGAGACCGUCGUGAGAGGGGGGGAUAACGGAGGAGUUUGGAAGAGCAUUCAGCGGGGGAUCCGGAGGAAGUUUGCCCGCUCAGGAUGUCCGCGGAUCGGGUGGAUUACAUCGCGCCUUGGUGGAUUUAUUGGCUCCAUAAUUUCCCCCACAUCAACCUCAGACUACAGCCCGCGGACAGCUCCUUCCAGCCGCAAAACGAGGAGUACCAGCAGACUCUGGCGUUCUUCGCCUGCCUCGCCGCGGCCUGCCUGGGUCUAAACCUGCUCCUCUUGGCCGUGUACCUGAGCUGUCUGUGCUGCUGCGGAGCUGAGGAGGAGGAGGAGGAGGAGAAGAAGACGAAGAGCUGCUGCGUCACAUGGUCCGCCGUCGUCGCCGGGCUCCUGACAUGUGUCGCUGUAGGAGUCGGUUUCUACGGCAACAGUGAGACCAACGACGGCGUGUACCAGGUGACCUACUCCAUGUACAACGCCAACCACACGCUGGGAGGAGUCCAGAGCCUGGUCACGGGUACCAUGGCGUCUCUGCGCUCCGGUCUGCAGCAGCACCUGGAGCGUCUGGACGAGAUCUUCUCCACCAGAGGAGACUUCGUACAGUCCCUCAGGUUCCUGCAGCAGAUGACAGACUCUGUGGUCCGUCAGCUCCUCGGGCUCCCGGACUGGGCCCGAGCCGAGAUGGACCUGAGCCAACUGGCCCAGCGAGCGGCACAGGUCGAGUACUACAGGUGGCUGACUUACCUCCUCCUGCUGAUCCUGGAUCUUGUCAUUUGUCUUUUGGCGUGUUUAGGUUUGGCCAAACAGUCUCGUUGGCUCCUCACGACGAUGAUGGUCUGUGGAGUCCUGGCCCUGAUCCUGAGCUGGGCGUCUCUCGGAGCGGAUCUGGCAACUGCUGUGGGCACGAGUGACUUCUGCAUCGCCCCGGACAGGUUCCUCAUGAGUCAGACUCAGGGCAUCGUUGGAGGUGAUAUCGUCCACUAUUAUCUGUACUGCAACCAGACCCUGACCAACCCCUUCCAACAGCCGCUGACGAUCUUCCAGAGGUCCAUGACCACGAUGCAGAUCCAGAUCCAAGCCCUGCUCCAGUUCGCUGUUCCUCUGUUUCCCACAGCAGAGAGAGACCUGUUGGGAAUCCAGAAAGUUCUGAACUCGUCUGAAUCGAGUCUGCACCAGCUCACGGCUCUGCUGGACUGUCGAGGACUCAACAAGGACUACGUCGACGCCAUGUUUGGCGUGUGUUAUGACGGCGUAGAGGGCGUCCUGUACCUCUGCCUCUUCUCUCUUCUCUCUGCCAUCGCCUUCACUCUGAUGCUGUGUGCGGUGCCCAGGGCCUGGAGACAGAUUGCCGGACGGGAGCGAGAUUAUGGAGAUAUCGACGAAGAGGAUCCGUUUAACCCCAGAGCUCGAAGAAUGAACUCCCAAACCCCAAACACCAACCUGCAGAGUCUGUGCAGCUACAGCAGCAGCCUGGGCAGCCAGACCAGCAUCCACCGACCCCCACCCACUGCGACUACGACUGCGCCUAUGGCUGAGUACAUGAACCACACGGCUCUGUUUGGAGGGACCCCACGCUACGAGAACGUUCCUCUGAUUGGACGAGGCUCUCCUCCUCCGUCUGUUUUUCCUCAGCCAUAUGUGAACAGAUAUUCUCCAACCAUGAGGGCCACGUACCUGUCCAUGACCGAGGACCAGAGCAGACACAUCCGCACAUAGAGUUCCCCCUGUGUUCAGAGGAGGAACUGCACAAUGUCAGCCUCAAAAAGUCUGAAGAGCCAGUGGAGCGGACGGGACCCAGGACUGGACCCCAGGACUUGGACUCCACCGGGUCUAAAGGAGUUAUAUUAGACACAACAUGAGAACAUUUAUUUACGAGUUUCUUAUGGUAAUGGGAAGUAUAAAGUACAGUACAGAUGAAACACUGGAACAUUUAAACGCACAGACAAAAGAUGUUUAUAUGAGAUUCAGUUUAAGAAAAUUCAAGAUUGUGGAUAGGCUGGCGACAGAAAGUAUGAGCGGGAAGGACAGCAGUCUUAGGAAAAUGGUUUGGGGCAGUUUUAUGGUUGUCUAAUCGAUACUAAAACUAUUAUCGAAUCUAGCUACUCAUUUUUUGUAGGUAGCGAUGCUAAAAAAGUCACAUUCACCAGACAGAAAUGAACCUUUCCUGAAUAGCUUUACAAUUAUUUUGAGCUUCACUUUCUUGUCAGCGUACGCCAUAAAAUAAAAACAUAAAUUAUAAAAAAAAACAAAAAAACAAUUUAGGCGUGUUUAUAGCAACAAAAGUUAAUACAUUAGCGACACAACCAGCUACGUCUUCACUUCUGUCCCUCCGCAGCCUAUUAUCCAGCAGUAACUUUACAGAUCAGGUUCAGUGAAUUUCCUCGAGUAAUUGUGACAAAUCAUAUGAUUUUUUUACAGAAAAGUUUAUCUUUAUCCCAAGACUAGAGGUAUGUCCACACAAACGGUAUUUAAAACUUGUAUUAAAGCCAUUAAAGGUUUUUUUUUUUACAGGUUUUGAAGUACAGCAUUAGAACUUAAAACAGCCGUUAUAAUCAAUGUAUUUGUUCUACUUAAUUGUAGAUUUUUACAGUUUGACCCUAGUCACUCAUCAUUUUUAUCCAGGGGAGGGAGCGAAGUGUCUUGCCCAAGGACGAGGACAUUAAAUCAAACUCUCUGGUUACAGGGCUGCUCUACCACAGGAGAUAUUUUUCAUGAUGUUUUAAUGCCAUAAAAGGAUUUGUAGGUAAAAUAUUCUACUUUGUGUGAAUUUCAGUCAUUUCAGGGUAAAAUGUAUCAGUGUGGACAUGACCUUAGUUUUCAUAUUUCCUCAGAACAAUCCUUCUAUCUUAAACAUUCCCAGAAAAGUCCAAAUUUGGACAAUAUUCCUGCUCCUGCCUGUUUUACUGAAGCACAAAUAGCACAUUCCUACACUUAAUAUUUAUAACAAAAGAUAAAAUUAUAACUUCUUAUUCUUUUAAACUGAGGAAGCAUGGUUUACACCUGGUUUAGACCUGGUUUAGUCCUGGUUUAGACCUGGUUUAGACCUGGUUAAGUCCUGAUUUAGUCCUGGUUUAGACCUGGUUUAGACCUGGUUUAGACCUGGUUUAGACCUGGUUUAGGCCUGGUUUAGACCUGGUUAAGUCUUGGUUAAGUCCUGGUUUAGUCCUGGUUUAGACCUGGUUUAGACCUGGUUUAGUCCUGGUUUAGACCUGGUUUAGUCCUGGUUUAGAUCUGGUUUAGACCUGGUUUAGACCUGGUUUACUCCUGGUUUAGUCCUGGUUCAGUCCUGGUUUAGUCCUGAUUUAGACCUGGUUUAGAUCUGGUUUAGACCAGGUUUAGUCCUGGGUUUAAUCCGAGUGAGUUUCUGUAGAGUUUAGGAAGUUUGAUACUUUUACAGAUUUUCAGCACAUUCCUCACUUCAGAAUAAACUGGUUAAAUUAUUUUUCUUAAUGUAAUCUGAAGAAGCAUGUUUUUAAACCUGGUUUAGUCCUGGUUUAGAACUGGUUUAGACCUGGUUUAGACCUGGUUUAGACCUGGUUUAGUCCUGGUUUAGACCUGGUUUAGUCCUGGUUUAGUCCUGGUUUAGACCUGGUUUAGUCCUGGUUUAAUCCUGGUUUAGACCUGGUUUAGUCCUGGUUUAGACCUGGUUUAGUCCUGGGUUUUACCUGGUUUAGUCCUGGUUUAGUCCUGGUUUAGACCUGGUUUAGUCUCAUGUUCCUUACAGACUGACACUGGUACGAUGGAGUAGAAAGUUUUAGAUUUUUUAAUAUUUCCAGCACUAUCCACUUCAAUAAAAGAUAAAAUACAUUUUCAUUCGUUUAAAGUGAGAAAGCUUUCUGUUCCUUCACUGUUUCGGAGACUGCCUUCUGUAAAUACCUGUAUCUACCAUAACACCUUUAUUUUGUUUAAAUAAUGUGCCAUUUUUAUAUAUAUUUUUUUCUAAUUUUUCGUGAAUCACAGUUUUGUGUUUCUAUUUUUAUAAAAGGGCCACUAACCAGGAGAAGAUUUCUUCUUGAACUAAUACAAAGUGAAUGACCACGGUUAAGUUGACAAGUGUAGAGCAGUCAACAGUAAGGACUAAUUUAUCUGGUGAUAUUUAAUAGAUUUGAUAUUUUUAAAUGUUUUGAUGCAUGCUCUGUGCGGCCGCUGGGGUGCUCCGGCCUGUAGGAUGAUAUGAGAUCAAUAAAUUCUGUUUUGAUUAAGAA